AAAAGAUUAUGCUAUUUUAAAAAUAUUUUUUAUAUAAAUAGAUCAAAUGCCAUACACCCCACGCAUUAUGUUGUAGCCUACGAUCGUUCAUUGGUCGAUGUUCAACACAACUUUUGUAAAUUAUUUCCUCCCGCGAGCUACUAUUUUAUGCAUCACAAAAUUAGUUUUCUUAGCGCUCGUAAAUCUCAUACUUGCCCCCCCUUCCCAAACCUGGUUUAAAUAGUCCUUUGUUUACAUGCAAUCCCUUACUCUGCGGAAGGAGGCAUUCGUAGUGCUGUGUGAUUCCAACCAGCUGUUUCCCGCCUUGAAAGACAUCCGAUCAGCUGCAAAUACACACGUACAUGCAGAAAGAGAGAGAGAGAGGGAGGGAGACGGAGAGCGCCACACGCACAUCGAGGGAACCCCAUCAGCUGGAAGUAGAGUAACAUUACAACUCGGAACACUUGGCUAUAUACAUAUGCACAGACGAGCAAAAAAUAUAUCAGGAAUUUUCGUUGUUGGGGAAAAACAAAACAUUACACUACAGGACGGAUCCGACGGAUUUGCACGCACAAGAGGGGAGUGAGCAGCAACAACAGAAAAUUACAACAAUAAUAAAGGAAGAAACGAGGAUUCAAAACUGGAGAGAAAAGCAUGGAGUAUUUCAUGGUACCAGCACAGAAGGUGCCUUCCUUACAACAUUUUAGGAAAACGGAGAAAGAAGUGAUCGGGGGUCUUUGUAGUCUGGCUAACAUCCCCCUGACCCCGGAGACCGCGCGCGACCAGGAGCGGCGUAUCCGCCGCGAGAUCGCCAACAGCAACGAGCGGCGGCGCAUGCAGAGCAUCAACGCCGGCUUCCAGUCCCUCAAGACCCUCAUCCCGCACAGCGACGGGGAGAAGCUCAGCAAGGCGGCCAUUUUGCAGCAGACGGCGGAGUACAUCUUCUCCCUGGAGCAGGAGAAGACCCGGCUACUGCAGCAGAACACACAACUCAAGCGCUUCAUCCAGGAGUUCAGCGGCUCCUCGCCGAAGAGGAGGCGCACGGAGGAGAAGGACGAGGGGAUCGGGUCCCCGGACAUCCUGGAGGAGGAGAAGGUGGAGGACAUUCGGCGAGAGAUGAUCGAGCUCCGGCAGCAGCUGGACAAGGAGCGCUCGGUCCGCAUGAUGCUGGAGGACCAGAUCCGGUCUCUGGACGCUCACCUGUACCCUGAGAAGCUGAAGGUGAUUGCGCAGCAGGUGCAGGAGCAGCAUGCGCAGACGCAGUCUCUGCUCCGACUGCAGCAGCAGCACGAACAGCUGGAGAGGGAGUCCUCCCGCAGCCCAAAGGUGCUAGCCCCUGCCACUCCCCCAGCCCCCACCCACCACGCUACGGUCAUCGUUCCCGCGCCAGCCUUGCCGCCGCAGCCCCAUCACGUCACCGUGGUAACCAUGGGCCCGACCUCCGUCAUCAACACAGUGUCCACGUCACGCCAGAACCUGGACACCAUCGUGCAGGCCAUCCAGCACAUCGAGGGCACGCAGGAGAAAGUGGGCGGGGCCGAGGACGAGCAGCGCCGGGCGGUGAUCGUCACGCCGAGCCGGCUGCCGCAGGAGUCCGCCGACUCGGACACCGGCUCUGAGGACCCAGAGGACUGUACACUGCCCUGAUCCCGCCUGCCAGGGAGCGGGAGGGAGGGAGGGAGG